AGGAUUUUUACUUAAAGGAUCAGAUUCAGUCAUGUGCCAGGCAUCUGGAGAUUGGACAGAUCAAGUCCCUACAUGUGAAGCUGUGCCAUGCCGAGCUCUGGCGCCUCCUGGGCAUGCGACAAUGAAUUGUUCUCAUCCUUUAAGGCCAACAAGUUUUAUGUCUAUGUGUAAUUUUAUUUGUUUACCUGGCUUCAUGCUAAAUGGCUCCAAAGUAAUUGAGUGUGAUUCUUCUGGGCAGUGGACAGCUCCUGAACCAAUCUGUCAAGCUGUCUCCUGUUUGACUCUGCAAGAUCCUACUUAUGGAUGGAUGAAUUGUACCCAUGUGCAUGGGAAAUUUCUGUAUAAUUCUACCUGUAAUUUCUAUUGUUCUGAAGGACUUUUACUGAAAGGAUCAGAUUCAGUUUUGUGCCAGGUGUCUGGAGAUUGGACAAAUCAAGUCCCUACUUGUGAAGCUGUGCCAUGCCGAGCUCUCGCACCUCCUGGACAUGCAAUAAUGAAUUGUUCUCAUCCUUUAAAGCCAUCAAGUUUUAUGUCCAUGUGCAAUUUUAGUUGUUUACCUGGCUUCAUGCUAAAUGGCUCCAAAGUAAUUGAGUGUGAUUCUUCUGGGCAGUGGACAGCUCCGGAACCAAUCUGCCAAUCUGUCUCCUGUGUGACUCUGCAAGAUCCUACCUUUGGAUGGAUGAAUUGUACCCAUGUUCAUGGGGAAUUCCAUUACAAUUCUACCUGUAAUUUCUCUUGUUCUGGAGGAUUUUUACUGAAAGGAUCAGAUUCAGUCAUGUGCCAGGCAUCUGAAGUUUGGACAAAUCAAGUCCCUACAUGUGAAGCUGUGCCAUGCCGAGCUCUGGCGCCUCCUGGGCAUGCGACGAUGAAUUGUUCUCAUCCUUUAAAGCCAUCAAGUUUUAUGUCCAUGUGCAAUAUUAGUUGUUUACCUGGCUUCAUGCUAAAUGGCUCCAAAGAAAUUGAAUGCGAUUCUUCUGGGCAGUGGACAGCUCCUGAGCCAAUCUGCCAAGCUGUCACCUGUGGAGCAUUUCAAGACCCCUCUAAUGGGUGGAUGAAUUGUUCUCAUGUGUUUGGAGAAUUCCGGUAUAGCUCCAAUUGCAGCUUCACUUGUGCAGAUGGAUUUGUAUUAAAUGGAUCUGACUCAUUGCUGUGCCAGGCAUCAGAAGAGUGGACUGAUCGAGUCCCUAAAUGUGCAGCUGUCCAGUGCGAAGCUUUAUAUGAUCUCAGUCAAGGAUACAUCUCCUGCAUACACCCAAUUGGUUAUUUCAGCUUCAACUCAACUUGCAACUAUUACUGUGAAGAAGGAUUUAGAUUGGUUGGGACAAGUCAAAUUAUGUGUAUGGACUCCGGAACCUGGACAGCUCCAAAACCUAACUGUGAAGUGAUCACAUGCAGUUCCCUUCCAAGUUCUCAUCCAAGACUUAUGAACUGUUCUCAUCCAAAUGGGAAUUACAGCUAUGGGUCUGAGUGUGAGUAUCAGUGCGCAGAAGGUUUCACAUUAAAUGGAACAAGACAUGUGUACUGCUUGUCUUCGGGUCUCUGGUCUGACAAAGCUCCUGAGUGUAAAGCUCUUGCAUUCUCAUUCGGUAAACAACUGCUGUGGUACACUGGAGGGUCACUUGCUACAAUCCUUCUAGCUGGAACCAUCAUUACAUUUCUAGUCAAGCACUUUAAUAGGAAAAGAGAUACUGGCCUCUUGAGCUCUUCCAAAAACCCUGUUAACACGUUUGAAAACCCAGCCUUUGAAAACUUCUAAGUGCAGCAAGAUGCAUGGACCAAUACCAACAUGUAUGCUCAAAUGUUGUCCAGAUUUGAAAGCUACCCUGGACCUGAAUGUCACAGCUACUGCUGCAGGGCCUACUAGACUUUUUUUGGCCCAGAGAGGGACUGUUUUAUGUCCAAUGUAACAGAACUGUAAGAAAUGUACCAAUUGGGGACUCUGAUUGCUCUAAUUCACUGAUGAACAUUACAUGUGCUGCUGAUGCAGAACCACACAGACUCAUUGAACACACUCAUCAAACUGAACUUUUAAAGGGACUGGAGCUAAUUCUUCUAUGUGAAUCUGACACAUCUAGUAAAAAUGAAGUAUUGCUUACUCCCUCGUGGGGUAUAUUGGUAUGUGGAUAUUGGGCUUACAGGUGGAAGGGCCAAUGUUACAUCUAAGUGAAAGUAAUGAUCUGUGAUCAACAGGUGGAGUGUAAGGGAUUGAAAACUUUCAUGAUUACAUGCACAAAUAAUUAAUCAGUUAAUGUAUUAGCAGUUGUUUUUAAAACUUUGCUUUUAGAAUACAUAAAUGCCUUUAAGAAAUAAUUUACACUUGUAUUUCACUCUGCCUUCUUUUUUCAUAGCAGAUGCUGUUAUCUGCGAAGAGGGGGUGUAACAUUCCAAGAGUCAGAUAGUGCUAGGCUAACAUGAGAAUUUUUGCUUGUUAUGAGAAACUAACGGCUAGAUUUAGAGUUUUGUCGGUAACGACCCGCAUAGCUAAAGCUGGCUUUUUUCUGGCCGCACCUUUAAAAUAACUCUGGUAUUGAGAGUCCACAGAAUGGCUGCGUUAGGCUCCAAAAAGGGAGCGUACAGGCAUAUUUAACGCCACUGCAACUCUCGAUACCAGAGUUGCUUACGGACGCGGCCAGCCUCAAAAACGUGCUCGUGCACGAUUCCCCCAUAGAAAACAAUGGGGCUGUUUGAGCUGAAAAAAAACCUAACACCUGCAAAAAAGCUGCGUUCAGCUCCUAACGCAGCCCCAUUGUUGUCUAUGGGGAAACACUUCCUACGUCUGCACCUAACACCCUAACAUGUACCCCGAGUCUAAACACCCCUAACCUUACACUUAUUAACCCCUAAUCUGCCGCCCCCGCUAUCGCUGACCCCUGCAUAUUAUUAUUAACCCCUAAUCUGCCGCUCCGUAAACCGCCGCUACUUACAU